CUUCUUGUCUUCUUGUCUUCUUUUCGUCCGUUGCUACACUCUUUUGCCAUCAAUACUACUACCACAUCUCAUGCUUUGUACACUAAAACCGACCAGCGCGACUACCCGCGUGCUUGGGCGCGUGAAGCUCGCAUCGGGUGCGCGCUGCUACGCGACCGAGGCGCCGCAGACGUCGACCGCGCUACUGCGCAACUACGAGGGCAUGUCGCCCUCGACCGUGCUCUCGAAACCCAACGAGCAAGACUCCCGCAAAACUGUCGUUAUCCUCGGCUCCGGCUGGGGAGGAUUCAAUAUGAUUCGCAACCUCGACCCGCGCUACUACCGCUGCGUGGUCGUCUCGCCGCGAUCCUACUUUGUCUUCACGCCUCUGCUGGCUUCCACUGCCGUCGGUACACUAGAGUUCCGCGUCGCUACAGAGUCCAUACGGGACAAAGGCAAGGGCUGGCGCAAGCUGAGCGACUCUCUCGAUUCUUUCUUGCAGACCAUCAAACUCCGCAGCGCAAACGCCGAUCACAAGAUCACCAGCCAGAAAGCACACGAGCUACGUCUUCCAACCCUCGAGCUCGUGCAAGCUGUCGCGCGCACGGUCGACCUCGAAAAGAAAGAAAUUACGGUCGCGCCGAGGAUAGAGGGCGUUGAUCCGAACGAGAAUUUUGUGGUUCCGUACGACAAGCUCGUUAUCGCCGUCGGGAGUUACUCGCAGACGUUCAACAUCAAGGGCGUUAAAGAGCACGCUUUCUUUCUCAAGGACGUUGCCGACGCGCGAAAGAUUCGAAAGCGGAUUCUAGAGCGCUUUGAGGCAGCAAACUUGUUUAUAGUGCCCGAGGAGCAAAAGCGCGAGCUGCUCAAUUUCUGUAUCGUCGGCGGUGGUCCCACCGGCAUCGAGUUCGCCGCCGAGCUCCACGACCUGAUCCACGACGACAUGCAGUUCUACUACCCCUCGCUCAUGCCGUUCGUGCAGAUCACGAUCUUCGACGUGGCCAAGAAAAUCUUAGGAUCGUUUGACGACAAACUCUCGUCCUAUGCUGAGACGUACUUCACGAGACAGCACAUCAACAUCCGCACUGGUGUCUCGGUGCAGGAAGUUGGGCCGGACUCGCUCCGCGUAAAAAACGAGAAAGGCGAGGACGAGGUUAUGAAGUACGGCUUGCUGGUGUGGUCGACCGGGUUGGCGCCGAACCCGUUUGUCCAGUCAAUGGACGGCGUCGUGAAGGAUAAACGCAGCAGUCUUGUAACUGACGACGAGCUGCAUGUCAUGCGGGCUCCCAAGGAUACCAACGGUACCGAAACGGCUGAUCCAGACAUCUACGCGAUCGGCGACUGCGCCCAGAUCAGAGGCCAGGUCUUGCCCGCAACUGCACAGGUCGCGUCGCAAAAGGCAAUCUAUCUUGCCAAGGAACUGAACAAAGAAGGCCGUGCUGCGGGAGAUCUGGUGCACUCGCCUUUCAAGUUCAAGAACCGGGGUAUCAUGGCCUAUCUCGGCGGAUGGAGGGCGAUCAUGCAGGGCGAUGCCGCCAUCACUGGACGCACCGCUUGGUUACUAUGGCGAGGCGCGUAUCUCUCGAUGUGCGUCAGUUUCAAGAACAAGAUCCUGAUCCCUACCUACUGGUUCGCCAAUUGGAUCUUUGGACGCGAUAUUUCUCGCUUCUAGAUGGGUGAUUGUAGAUUUUUGGCAGUAAUAGAAAAGAGGUCUGUUUGGUUGGAUGGGGGAAGCUGAGGUGGUUAACGUAACUUGCACUCCAAAAUAGUGAUCAGUACAUAUUACAAUAGUCAAAACAUAAAACUGGGUCUGCUAUGCAUAUGUAUCCAAAAUAGCAAAAAAGCACUAAUGUGAAAGAAUAAUGUAAAACUGGGUCAGAUAACACGAGCAGAC